GUGACAUCAGAGCCUAGCUGGAGAGAAGCUGCAGGAAUGUGGACUGCAUGAUUCAGAAUAUGGACAAUUCUUUCCUCUCCCAGUUUGUAAAUGGGAUGACCGGUUCCGAGGCGCUAUCCCAGUCGAAGCUAUACAGCAGCUGGUCUGUCUGUGGAGAUGAGCCUGUUACAUCAUCCGUGCCUGAAUUCAGGGAGAAAAGUUCCCAGUUUACAUUCACAGACUCUGGGAAUCGGUUAGACAUGUUUGGAUUGGUCUCUAGUAACACUGAGGAGUCUAACAAAGUGGAACCAGUGACUGACUGGGACUCUUUAUCAAAACUUUUUCCCCCAUUAUGGGCUCCAAAUACUGAUGAACAGAGAGAAUUGUCUGAUUACGUUCCUCAUACCCUCCCAGACUCCGACACCCGAUCUUACAGGGAAGAAAUAAGAACGUUGCCAGACAUGGGGAGCCUGCAGAGAGGUUUUGAAGAUCUAGGUCUCUUGGAGUCUUUUGUAUCUCAUCCUGAGCCCCAGCUAGAUGAGCUCUCUAAUGAUGUUUACAUUGAAAACCCUGCUUUGAAACUGAACUCAACCUUUCAGCAAACUCCACAGCCUCCCCAGUACACUGGAGACUACAUUAAAUUUAACUGUACGGAUUAUGCAAUGAAUGGCGCCAGUGUCGACACCAAUGCCCAGAAGAGGCCACAUGAAUACUCUGGUUUCCCUAAGCAAGUGUGGAAAGGUGAAAAUGGAAGUUUUAAAUUUGGGAAAUCCAGUCCAACAAAUCCACUUAUUUAUUCCUCUGAUUCGAGAGAUGCAUGGAGUAAAGAAAAUUAUCUUAAAACAUGCAACAUGGAACCACCGAGUAUGAAACCUACAAUUCCUCAGUAUAAUCAACAGUUUCAUAAAGAGAGAAGAUUUCUGCCAUUUGCGCAAAGAAAACUAUACAAUACAGGGUCUGAAAACCAAUACACUAACUACCCAAACAUUCCAUUUGACUCGCGUGAAAACCAAGUUUGCCAAGGUCCCAACGAGUCCUUUAUGAAGUCUUCUGACUUUAGUUCAUCUACAAAUGCCAUCUAUCACAAUGAAAAUCUUCAGCCCUCCUGCUUUGGGAACCGGUGUCUAGACUUUGAGGCUGUAGGUACUCAGAAACAAGCAAUCAGUCCGCUUCCAUCACCCGUUAGUUCAUUGUCAGAUGGAUCUCCAACACAUAACUCCCUGUCCCAACAGCCUUAUUACUCCUAUGCUGCGUCUUCGUCAAGUUCACGGAGUGAUGGACACACACACAGAAACAAUGCUACCAACAAAAUUACCUUUUCAGGGCUAAUUGAUGAAAAUCAGAGAGGUGUUAAAUCAUUUGGACAAUCUUCUCCUACUAAAGAGGUCAAUUAUGGAAAAAUGAGCUUUGGUUUCCAAGCCCCCAAGUCUCCUACGCCACAAAACUCUGAUAGAUAUCACCGAUUACCCAAAAAGAACAACCCACAGAAUAAUUCAAACACAGACAGGCGAUGCAAAAGAAACUGGAGUUCUCAACAAGGAAAUGCCCGUUCUAAUCCACAACAGUUUAACAUGUUCCAGAAGAAGCAGGACGCAAACAUUGGCAAUGUUUCCGACUUCAUCAAUGCUUCUUUCCUCCCAUCUUUCUCCUUAAUGUCCAAUCUAAAGCAAAACCAAAAUUUUCCUUCCUUCAACGCUCAACCAUUUGCUCCAUCAGCCAACAUGCCUUUUCCUCCUCCACCAUUUCCAUUUUCUGAUCUCAUUGACCUUCUUCAUUAUGAAGACUUGAAUCCCCUUAAUCCCUUCAUAAACGAGUUAUUGUCUGGUGAAAUUCCUCCGCCAUAUGUUGCGUUUCCUGCUCCAUUCAAUAGAUAUCGUCCACCAAGAAAUCGCAGUGGACCUGCCAGUGAGCUACAUAGUCAACUAGAAGAAUGCUGUGAGCAAUUAAGAGUCCUUGAAAAGGAUAGGAAAAAGACUGAAGCAGAUCUUGCUAGACACUUUCCUGGUAACAGAGUAUCCAGCUCCUACAGCUCCUCAGUCCCAAGGCUUCCUACAAAUCCAUCAAGGGUUGACCGAUUAAUUGUGGAUGAAUUACGGGAGCAGGCAAGGGCUGUGUCGCUGAUUAAAAUAAUGGAAAGGAUCUGUAGCUGUUCUCUUCACGUUAAUAUAACCCUGGCUCUGGAACACCAUUUAGAAGCGAUUCUCUUGACUCGGGCACGGCGCAAGGAUGAGAUUGUGAAUGUUGCUAAUCGCCAAAAACAAGGGUCGCCCAGAUUUAAUAACGAGAGAGAUGUCCUAGCUUUGGCAGCUGCAAUAAAGGAAAUGGUAGCUUCUACUCGCAAGGCAAGAACUGCAUUAUGGUGUGCUCUGCAAAUGACCUUGGCGAAAUCUCCCUCUGGCUCUGCAGUAGCACCAGAAGACCUGGAGAGAGUGCUGCAGGAGCUGUGUCCCAGACAGUCCUCCAGUGGUAUUGAUGUUGAAGAUGGCAAAAAAGGGUGUGAGGAAAAGCAUUUAUAGACCUUUAAGUAGUAGGCAGUUUGGGUGACAUUACCCGCUAAUCAUAGAAGGGGUUCAGAAUGUAAUUCAUUGCCAUGGUUACAGGAAGAUGGCUGCAGAACCCUUCAAUGUUACUUUGGGGGAAAAUGGCUGAACUGCAACUUCGUAGUAAAUAUUUAUAAUAUUUUGUAUCUGCAUCAACUACAGCAUUUCUAUUUUUUAUUAAUUUAGAGAGUGCGUUACAUUUAGUAGAGAAUGUUUUCCUGCUUUAUAACUUGUACUAAAAAGUGUUAAUUCUAUAGAAUGUAACCACACUGCUCCAUCUCUACCAUUUAGAUAUUGUUGCUUUAACAUAUUUUCAAAACUUGUUUUUUUGUGCCAAAGAUGGUGAAUAGUGAACAUGACCAUAGAUGACGAAACAUUGAAUAUGUGUAAAAUCACUACUUAUCUAUUUACUUCUUCUUUUUUUAUAAAUAUAUAUAUUCAAUUUAGGUUGUGUUUUACCAACAUUCCAAUGUACUGAACUGCUGUGUUCCUAGUGGCCAGAACCAGUUUUGUACAAUCCGUUAUUCUCUGCUUUCCUCUCUGCUAACCCAAAAAUUGAUUAUAUUUUUGACGAUGGAAAGGUUAUUGAUAUAACUAGAUACGAGAAACACCUAGUCAAGCCCACUCCAUUUUUAUUUUUGUUUUACUUCUAGAUGGCAAAGUGUGGUUUUGUUUCCAUUCUCAUGUGAGGCCUGCGGUUCUACUAUACUCUGUUUACUGUGUUUUCUCACUCACCAUUUUGGCAGUCUUCUCUUGCACCGUGCUUUUUGCAUUUUAAGUUUUGAACAGUUAUCACAAAUUCUUAAAUCCCAGACAUGAUUCACGUGUGCUUGAAUCCUGUACCUGUGAUUUAUACAUGUUACUGCAAAGUUCAUAAUCUCACUCAGGAGUUUGGUGUUGGUAAUAAUUGGUUAAAAUAAUUAUUAUUUAAUCUAGUUUGCACUUACAAACUUUUUUUUUU